ACCAUCAUCCUCCUCCUCCUCCUCCUCUACAUCUCGAGUAUGACCAUAGUCGACCGAUCCAUGGAGGUGAGACCCGCGAACUCCACCAGGCUGGGUCCGGCGGCCUGCGAGAAGGACGCCGAGAAGCUGGGGUUCAUAGAAGAGAUGACCGUGAACGCGGACAAGGUGCAGGAGAAGGUGUUGGCGGAGAUCUUGGGCCAGAACGCGGAGACCGAGUACCUGCAGAGGCACAAGCUCGGCGGCGCCGCGGAUCGGAAGACGUUCAAGUCCAAGAUACCCAUGGUGACCUACGAGGACCUACGGCCGGAGAUCCAGAGGAUCGCCAACGGCGACCGGUCCGCCAUCCUCUCGGCUCACCCCAUAUCGGAGUUCCUCACCAGUUCGGGGACGUCGGCCGGCGAGCGGAAGCUGAUGCCGACCAUCCAAGAAGAGCUGGACCGGCGGCAGCUCCUCUACAGUCUUCUCAUGCCCGUUAUGAACCUAUACGUGGCUGGGCUGGACAAAGGGAAGGGGCUCUACUUCCUGUUUGUCAAAUCGGAGAGCAAGACGCCCGGAGGCCUCCCCGCCCGCCCGGUGCUCACCAGCUACUACAAGAGCCACCACUUCCGCGCCCGCCCCUUCGACCCCUACAACGUCUACACCAGCCCCACCGCCGCCAUCCUCUGCGCCGACGCCUUCCAGAGCAUGUACUCCCAGAUGCUCUGCGGCCUCCUCGACCGCCUCGCCGUCCUCCGAGUGGGCGCCGUCUUCGCCUCCGGCCUCCUCCGCGCCAUUCGCUUCCUCCAGCUCCACUGGCAGGAGUUCGCCCACGACAUCGCCACCGGCACUCUCAGCUCCAUGGUCACCGACGCCGCGGUCCGCGACGCCGUGGCCGAGGUGCUCAAGCCCGACCCCGGCCUCGCUGAGUUCAUCGUGUCGGAGUGCGCUGCCGGCGAUUGGGCCGGCAUCAUCACCAGGAUCUGGCCCAACACCAAGUACCUUGAUGUGAUCGUCACGGGCGCCAUGGCGCAGUACAUUCCCACCCUCGAGUACUACAGCGGCGGCUUGCCGAUGACGUGCACCAUGUACGCGUCCUCCGAGUGCUACUUCGGCAUCAACCUCCGCCCCAUGUGCAAGCCCAGGGAGGUCGCCUACACCAUAAUGCCCAACAUGGCUUACUUCGAGUUCCUGCCCCUCGACUCAGCGGCGUCCGGACCUCCGCCGCAGCUCGUGGACCUGGCCGACGUCGAGGUCGGGAAGGAGUACGAGCUGGUGAUCACGACCUACGCGGGGCUCUACCGUUACCGGGUGGGCGACAUCCUGCACGUCACCGGCUUCCACAACGCGGCGCCGCAGUUCCGGUUCGUGCGGCGAAAGAACGUGCUGCUGAGCAUCGAGUCGGACAAGACGGACGAGGCGGAGUUGCAGCGGGCGGUGGAGAGGGCGACGGAGUUGCUGAAGCCGUGGGGGGCGACGGUGGUGGAGUACACGAGCCAGGCGGACACGAGGGCCAUCCCGGGGCACUACGUCAUCUACUGGGAGCUGCUGGUGAAGGAAGGAGAAGGGGGGAGGUGGCCGGGGAAGGAGGCGCUGGAGGCGUGCUGCCUGGAGAUGGAGGAGGCCAUGAACACGGUGUACCGGCAGAGCCGGGCGGCGGACGGCUCGAUCGGGCCGCUGGAGAUACGGGUGGUGCGGGGCGGCACCUUCGAAGAGCUCAUGGAUUACGCCAUCGCCAGGGGUGCGUCCAUCAACCAGUACAAGGUGCCGCGCUGCGUCACCUUCCCCCCUAUCAUCGAGCUACUGGACUCGAGGGUGGUGGAGGCACACUUCAGCCCCGCCACCCCUAAGUGGACCCCUCGCCGGAACUACUAGCCGUGCGCCAUUUUAGUGCUUAGUUUGCUCGGUGAUAAGGUGUGUGUGUGUGUGUGUGUGUGUUGCAGAUGGACUUAACCCGUCAACGGGACGCAGUGGGUAAAGGGAUCCUAAUAAAUGGACAAAACCACCUACCCGUGGGUUUAGAUUUUA